AUGACAGACUCCAACCCCCUCAUCCUCUACGACAUCUCUUCACCUAUAGAACCCCGCUCCUACGCGCCUAAUCCUUCUAAGGCCCGUCUCGCGCUUAGCUUCAAAUGUGUACCCUUCAAGACGACCUGGGUCGACAUCCUCGACAUCUCUAACGUUCGCAAGGGGCUCGGCUGCCCGUCCGGCCGUAAGUUCGACGAUGGCUCCGACUUCUACACGCUGCCCAUGUUGCGGGACCCGAUCUCGGGCAGGGUCGUUGGCGACUCGUUCGACAUCGCCAACUAUCUUGAGGACAUGUUCCCGGACUCAGGCGGCUGCCUUUUCCCUCCGGAUUCCACCCGCACCGGACUCGACUACGAGAGCCCGAAUAAGGACACGGCAUUCUUCGCGCCCCUGACUUCCAACCAGGGGUCCAAAAACGAGGCCUACGCGAGGUUCAACAUACACGUCGACGCCACCUUCUCCGCCCAUGUGGUGCUCGUCGGCCAGUACCUCCCCCUCAACCCAAACACGGCCGAGGCUGUAAGGGCCCUCUUCGUCAAGCGCGCACACCUGAGCUCCUGGGAUGAUAUCUGCGUUCAGGGCGAGGCAAGAGAGCAGCUCAAGGCGGCGUUCAAGGUGGCGCUAACGUCACUGGCCCAGCUAUUUAUGGUCCACGAAACCGGACCGUACCUUGAGGGGAAACAGGCUAAUUAUGCCGACCUGAUCGUGGGCGGGUGGCUGAACAUGCUCUCCGCCACUAUGCCCGAGGAGGAGUGGAAGGAUUUCAGGACGUGGCAUAGUGGAGUCUUUGCCCGGCUGCAUGAUACCUUACAGGAGAACUAUUUCGAGUGCAAGUAG